AGAAAGGGGGACUGGGUGCUGGGGUGAGGUGGUCAUUGGUAAUGGGGUUGUUUGGGGAGUUAAGAUCAGGACCAGUGUCUGUGCAGAGGUCAGAGCCUGGCGUAGAGGACCAGGCAGGGGCUGAUGGGGACAGACACCGAACAGGCCAGAGGGCCUAUGGGCUGGUGCAGGUGGCUGGCUACAGGAGAGACACGCAAGGUGAAGGGUUUGGCCUCUGCUAAGCCCUGGCCCAGGCUGGAGGGUCAAACACAGGCCCAGGACUCUCCCUCUUGGCACAUUGUGAGGGAGAGCCCCACAUCAUUGUGACCCGCUUACCCCCAGGAGCCUCUGGGACAGGAAGGCGGCCGGUGGCACUGUGGGCACAGUGGGCUGGGGGCCUAGGAGCUCCGGUGGCCCUAGGGACUCCCAUGGCCAUGGCUGAGCAGCCCCGGCCCCAGUGGGCCUCGUGUCACAGCCCCAGCACCAACAACUGCCAGGACCUGGGCAACUCCAUCCUGUUGCUACUGGGCCUCAUCAUCUGCGUUCACAUUGGCAUCAAUACGGUGACACUGGUCUGGCGCAGACUCCGUGGCUUCUUACACCACGAGUUUCGUGUUAAUUGUGAGAAAGAAACUUCUAAGUUAUGCUCACCUGGGAAGCAGACCCAGCCCCCUGCAGUCCGCCUUCGGUGCACCAUGGACCCUGUGAAAAUGGCUGUGCCCCCCCCACCCACUCGCUGCCGUCGCCGUCGAGGCUCUUCAGCAUGCCGCGCCCACCGCCCUACAGCCUGGGCCCCUGACACUGACAGCGAUGAUGAGAAGCCCCCACGUCAGCAGACAACAAUCUGCUCCCACAACUGGGAUUGCCCCAGGGACUGGGAAGGCCUUCAGUCCACCCAGGGGUUCUGGACUCCCUGGGCCCAGGAUGCUGUGGAGCCGCCUACCCAGACCAUCCGCUUCCAGCAAACUGUAGAGGGAAGGCCGCUCAAAAGAGAGACGCAGUCAGAGCUGGGCCUAGAGGCCUACGUGUACCCUGUGAACCCCCCGCCCCACAGCCCUCAGGCCCUGAGCCACAGGAACAGUGGAGGGGGGCCCCAGGCAGAACAGGAGCAGUGCUCGCCAGCCCAGCCACCCAUCCUGGGCCCGGCCCACGUCCCAGACAUCCCCCGGCGCCACUCCUCAGGGCGCGUAGCCGAUAAUGCCAGAGACAUGAGGCGGCAGCUGCGGGAGCUGAUCAGGGAGUUGGAGGCCCUGUCCCACUGUUACUCCCCGGUCUCUGGAUCCAGCACGGCUUAGGGGACGGGAAAGGCCUGGGUAUACCGUUCCCUGACAGAGAGGUGACUGGGAGAGGAAUAAAAAGAAGAGAGGAGGUGGUUUGUUGUGGUGUGGGGGGUGCCAGGGCCCACACAGCACGCAGAAGCCUGGUUGCUAAGGAAAUGAUCUCCCUGGCAGCAGGGCCUAGAGAGCCCUGAGGACCCUCAUCAACCUCUUGGCCUCACCAGGCCCUGUCCUCAGCCCUUUCCCAGGCCCUUCUUGGUUCCAAGGCUCCCACCUGCCUCUACUCUGUUCUUUAGUGCCCAGGGAAGC